UUAUCUGUUUCAGGUGGUGUUAGUGCUGCAGUAGGUUAUCCAUUGGAUACAGUAAAGGUGAGAAUUCAGACAGAAGCACAGUAUCGUGGAAUAUGGCAUUGUAUGAGAGAUAUAUAUAGAACUGAAAGGGUGCCAGGUUUCUUCAAAGGGAUUUCAAUGACGGUUUUAAUGGCAUCACUGAUUUCAUCAUUUUCAUUUGGAAUCUAUAAAAACUUCCUUUAUGGUAUCUGUAGAUUACGAUAUGGCUCUGCAGACAGAAAACCAUCAAAAGUGGAUAUAUCUUUUGCAGGUUGUGUUACUGGAGCUGUCCGGGUUGUGCUAAUAUCACCUGCAGAAAUAGCCAAAGUAAGAUUACAGAUCCAGAAAGAGCCACAUUCCUUAAUAGGAUCAUCUCAUCCCUUUGACUCCAGACCUAAGUAUCAAGGUUCUUUGCAUUGUUUGAGGACAAUAGUGAAAGAAGAAGGCCUUGCAGGUCUGUACAAAGGAUCUUUGGCUCUGUUGGGCAGGGAUUGUCAUUCAUGUGGAGCGUAUUUUCUCACCUACUCUGUCCUGUGUGACUGGCUUACUCCAACUGGUAAAAACAAACCAGACCUGUGGGCUGUGCUUAUAUCUGGGGGCUGUGCUGGUGUUCUUGCCUGGGGUACAGCAACCCCAAUGGAUGUCAUUAAAGCCCGAAUGCAAGCAGAUGGUGAUGGACAGCGUAAAUAUACUGGACUAAUGCAUUGUGUCAGAGACAGCAUAAGGGAAGAAGGAGUAAGAGUUCUUUUUAAAGGCCUUGGACUAAACUCGCUUCGUGCAUUUCCUACAAAUAUGAUGAUAUUCUUAACUUAUGAAGUUGUUCUUAGGCUUGGGAAACGUUUGGAGAAAUGAAGAUUUUAUUUCAGCAUCAUUC